AUGGCCUUAGGUGCUAGAAAUAAGGCAGUGUUUGUUGAUGGAACAUAUCCUGAGGUAGAUAGGAAUCAUCCCGAUUAUGGAUCUUGGUCACGCUGUAACAACAUUGUGUGUACUUGGUUGGUUAAUUCUGUUGAUAAACCAAUUGCUCGGAGCAUCAUGUAUCUUGAUACGGCGCGUCAGAUGUGGCUAGAUAUUCAUGAUCAGUUCAAGCAAAGCGAUGGUCCUCGUACUGCUGAUAUCAAGCAACAGAUCUUUGCUGAGGUGCAGGGAACCCAUAGUAUCAGUGAUUACUAUACGAAACUCAAGCAGCUUUGGGAGGAACUGAAGAUUCAUGACAGUCCGUAUACAUGUUGCUGUGGUAAUCCGGAGUGUGCUAGCAAACACAUUGCUCAGCGUGAUGAACAAGAUAAAGUUUUGAAGUUCCUCAUGGGUCUCAAUGAUUCCUUCACUGCUACUCGUGGACAGAUCUUGAUGAUGGAGCCUAAACCUUCUCUCACAAAGGUUUUAAUAUUUGCUCUCAAGAAGAACGUCAGAGAUCGAUGA